GACGUGAGCUUGGGCUGCCUGUGCUCCUACACGACUGAAAGCCCAAAAUUCCGGGUUCAAAUUCUCUUCUGUACAAAGUUCCUCAAGUUCCUGUUUCACGGUUUUGUUUUUCCGAUUUGGUCUCAAUAGGAGAUUCGCAUGGGAAAACGUUCCAGAAAGGGCACCUUUCUCCCACUUUUCUCCAUAGGGGGUGGUGGGAAAAAAAUAAUAUUAAACAAUUCGUCGCACUCGUGAAGGUGGAUAUUUAAAAAAAGAAACGAUGACAUCAUGUCACAAAUAAAGUGUAUGAGGGAUUGACAGUCGAUUCUUGGCCAGGAUGUCACGCAACGCACGCACGAAAGAAGCUUUGUCCGCGAGGAAGGCUCUGUUUUGGACACCAGUGAAAGAUUAUACUUGAUUUUCACCACUUAAAGCAAGGCUCGUGUUCUUUUUAUGAGUUCAUUUCCCGAAAAUCGGCUGUUUAUUGACCCCACAAUAGAGAACGCUAUCGGUAGGGGGUCGUGACUAAGCAUAACAUCAAUCUACCAACUUCAUCAUGUAAGCAAACACAGAGUGACUUGUUAUGCAAUCGAGUUACAUAAUAGGUCGUCCAGUUCGUGUUAUCCUGGGAGUAUUUAACCUCGGAUGGGAUCCACUUCGUACACACACCUAUUAAAUUUCGAACCUUAACAGGUAGAAGGUUCUUGUCUAACAAACACCAAGCAGCUGAACGAAAACGAAUUAUUCGAAAUGACCGACGUUCUCAUCGAAUACAACCGUCAGAGUUCUUGUCAGUACCAUGGACACGCUGAGAAAGACAGAGUUGGCCGAACAAUUCUUGCAACUUUCAUUGCAGCCCUCGGUCCUCUCAGCUUCGGUUUUUGUAUGGGAUACUCAUCGCCUGCACUGGAGGAUUUACAAAACGCCGAUAAACCGAAUGAUGUCCGAUUAUCCAGCGAACAGGGAUCUUGGUUUUCAUCGUUAAUUGCGAUUGGUGCUAUUUUUGGAUGUUCUGUCGGUGGUCCGGCGAUGGACAGGUUUGGUCGGAAGUUUGCCACCAUGUUGUGCGCAAUACCAUUCGUUCUGGGAUGGCUUCUCAUUAGCUACGCUACGGAUAUUGAAAUGCUUUACGCCGGACGGAUCAUAACAGGAAUUGGAUGUGGAGUAUCGUCACGAGAAGCUUAAUUUGGCAGAUUUGAAGACAUCAGCAAUGGUCAAGCCGUUAAUUAUCAGUGUUGGUCUGGUGAUGUUACAACAAUUAUCUGGAUUCAAUUCAGUGCUCUUUAAUGCUGCAGCUAUUUUCAAAAUAGCGGGAUUCUCAGACGAAAAGCUCGUCUCCUUUAUUAUUGUCUUCGCCCAGCUUAUUGGUAAAACUGCAGCAUGUUUUCUCGUCGACAGGGUUGGCCGUCGAGUUCUCCUCCUGACUGCAUCUUUUGGAAUGACCAUGUCACUUUUGGCACUGGGGAUGUACUUUCAGGUCUACAUUCCUCCAAAUGAUCAUACCAUGGGUAAUGAUACAGCUUCCCAAAUACAAGGUUUUAUCAGCCACUCUGUACCUGCCGAUAAGAUCUCCUGGCUCUCAAUCCUUAGUGUUGUUGUACUCGGACUGACAUUCUCCUUCGCGUGGGGACCGAUGCCGUGGCUCGUCAUCUCUGAAAUAUUUCCCCUUCGGGUCCGUGGCCUCGCAUGCAGUUUUGCUUCCAUAGUAUUUUGGGCAACACUGUUUACAGUCACAAAGACA